AUGGAAGUUGAACGUAGUAGCAACAUUAAUGAUGCAUUCUCUGCAUCAGCAAUUAUAGGAGAAAAAUUAUUACGAGGAUGGACAUUACUAAAUGACAGUUGCCACAUUUGUAAAGUAACCCCCUUAGUAAAACAAAAAAACAAGGAAGAAAGAUUUUGUGCACAAUGCAAUUUAUAUAUCAAAGAAGAGAAGUCUGAAAAUGACGAGGAAUCAGAAAGUAGUACACCAUUAGAAAAUAACAAAAUGAAUAAUGAACAAUAUGAUGAGAGGAAAGUAGAAGAUACUAUACCUAAUCAAGAAAGUAAUAAUAUUUUUGCAAAUUCAAAUAUAAAAUAUAUAAAAGAAAUAAAAUUACAAAAUGAAGAAUUUAAUGAAAUAUUAAAUAAAAAUAAUAUUACAAAAAAUGAAAUUAAAAAUUUAUUUGAAUAUAAAAAUUAUAUAAAAGAAAGAUGUGGAUAUGAUGUAGGUACGUGGCUCAAAACAGACAACAAACAUGUUGAUGAAAAGAAAGAAGAUGAACAGUUUGAUAAUACAAAUUCUUAUAUAAAAGAAACAAAUUUCGAUAAAACCAGCAAUAGGAAUAUGUCUGAUUCGGACAUAAAUAAAUAUAAGCAAUUAGAAAAUGAAUUACUAAUUUUAAAUAAAACUAAAUCUACCCUUAUUAAAAAAUUGGAAAAAUAUUCACAAAUUUUAACUAAUACAAAUAUAAAAAAUGAGGAAUUUGAAUAUACUAAUCAAAUAAAAAAUGUUGUAGAAAUAUUAGAAAAAAUAAAUAACCUCAAAAAAAAUGCUAUUAUAUAA